AACAAAACGCCUUUUUUUCUUAGCUUUGUCAGAUUUAUUCCAACUUUCUGUCGAUUUUUUAAAAAAGGAUUUGCUCAGCAAAACGAUGGAUGGUAAGAAAAGGAAAGCAACAGUGCCAUGGAGGAUGAUGGUGAUGUUCUUCCUUGUACUGUCUGCAAAUUUCCCAUCGUGUUCCUCAGCUGCCAGUCAGCAACCCGACAACAGAAAGACAACCCAUACUAGGGGUCCUAAUGGGUUCCGUUCAUCUUUUCUUUUUCCUGUCACUGGGAAUGUUUAUCCUCUUGGGUACUAUUCCAUAUCUCUUACCAUAGGCAAUCCACCCAAGGUUUUCGAGUUCGAUAUCGACACAGGCAGUGAUCUCACUUGGGUCCAAUGCGAUGCGCCUUGCACCGGUUUUACUAAGACGAUUGAUCAUUUUUACAAGCCCCAAAAACACAUCCUUGUGAGCUGUGACCAUCCUUCCUGCAGUGUGUUUCACUUCCCUGAUAGUCCUAGAUGCGAUAAAGCAGAUGAUCAAUGUGACUUCGAGAUUGAUUAUUUUGAUCAUGGUUCGGUUCUUGGCGUGGUGGUUUCUGAUGUCUUUUCUCUUAGAUUUAUGAAUGGCUCUCUUGCUCGUCUGCAUUUGACUUUUGGAUGUGCUUAUGAUAUUAAAAAUCCCGGUCCAUACAGUCCUCCGGAAGCUGGAGUCCUUGGGCUUAGCAAUGGCAAAGCAAGCCUAUUGUCACAGCUACGAAGCUUUGAGCUCACAAGAAACGUAAUAUGUCAUUGUUUAAGCGGGAAAGGUGGAGGAUUUUUGUUCAUAGGAGAUGACCUUGUCCCUUCCCGAAUGUCUUGGAUGCCAAUGUUGGCCAACUUUAAAAAAUAUUUGUCGAGUCCAGCAGAAGUCCUUUUUGAUGGAAAGCCAACUGGUAUAAAGGACCUUAAACUAGUAUUUGACAGUGGGAGUUCCUACACUUACCUCAACUUCCAAGUUUACGAAGCUGUACUCAAUCUGGUAAGGAGAGGCUUAAAUGGGAAGCCAUUUGAUACAGUUGAGGAUAAAGCUCUCCCGAUCUGCUGGAAAGGAACAAAACCGUUUAAAUCAGUUCAUGAUGUCAAGAACCGUUUCAGCACCUUGACAUUGAGCUUUACAGAUACCCCAACUGUUCAGCUAGAAUUACAGCCAGAAGCGUAUCUUAUUGUCACGGAAGAUGGCAAUGCUUGCUUUGGAAUCUUGAACGGCACGGAAGCAGGAUUGUGAGACUUCAACAUAAUUGGAGACAUCUCAAUGAUAGACAAAAUGGUUGUUUACGACAAUGAGAAGCAGCGGAUUGGGUGGAUAUCAGCCGAUUGCGAUAGGCUUCCAUAGCCCUGAACCCUUUCAUUCUCUUAGCAUUUACUUAUCUUCUUUAUAAUUGCAUUUAUCAUCUUCUUACCCCAUUUUUUUUAAUUGUCUUUGCAGUAGCAGUUUGGACAGUUAUUACAAUGAAGAUUUUCAACAACCAUACGCUACAAAUUUCGGUAUUGUAGACGAGAAUUCUCCUAAAACAUAAAGUUCCAUUGAAAGACGGUACAACGACUUCAUACUAUCAUAUGUAGUGAAUAUAUACAUUUGUUCGGUAAUACAAGUUCGAUACAAGGUAAACAAGUUAUAUACUAUAAGUUAC